CAGCCAAGAGUCAUUAUGCUGCUGCCACCGCUCAGGCAGCGCCGUUAUUUCCACCCUCAGCUUCAGAAAACACUUUACCGAGAGACGCACUUCAGCAUGUCGGUGGCUCUGCGCACACAGCUGUUCCUCUUCCUGAUCUCCCUCUCAUCAAGGAUGGGGCUCAGUCGCUACAUUGAGGACAACGAAGCUGCAGAUGGAUUAUACUCUCUGCUCAGUUUGGACCAGAAAAGAGAAUCAGAGGAUUUUAUUUUCCGCCGACCUCUCAGAUGUCUGGACAUGCUGGCCACUGAUGGCUACUUCACUUUCGUGGCGUCUCAGCCACAGUUGGCCUGUGCUACUUUCAUCAUCGCUGAGCCCAGUGAGGUCAUCAGUCUGGAGCUGUCUGACGUCAGUAUCGACUGCAGUGCCGGAGACUUCAUCAAGAUGUUUGAUGGCUGGGUUCUGAAGGGAGAGAAGUUUCCUAGCAGACAGGACCACCAGCUCCCUCUACACCAGCGCUACACAGACUACUGCUCCUCCACAGCAGGAACCACCAGCCGCUCCUCUCAAAAUGUUGCCAUGAUCUUCUUCCGCAUUCACAGCCCUGACAGCGGCUUCACCCUCGCUGUCAAAAAGCUACACAACCCCUUCCCCUGUAACAUCAUGUCUCAGAGUCCAGAGGGCAGCUUCACAAUGGUGAUGCCAUACGAGCGCAGGAACUGCAGCUUCUCCAUCAUCUAUCCUGUGGAGGUCCGACUGACAGAACUCAGCCUCGGGCAGGCCAAGAGCAAUGAGCUCAGCCCACAUAGGCAGGUUUGGUCGGGCUGUUCAGGGUCUGGUGACUAUGUAGAGCUGCUAGGAGGGAAUGGCGUGGACACCUCUAAGAUGUACCCUGUAGCUGACCUGUGUUUCUCCCUCAGUGGGCUCGCUCAGAUGAGGAUUGGUUGUGAUAACUCGGUGGUGAGGCUGGUGUCCAGUGGGAACUAUAUCAACCGUGUCUCCUUUCAGUACCGACUACUGGAACAACGUGAGCUUCCCAAGGCCCGAGAGAACAGUCUGGAUAACUUCUGCGCUGUGGAAUGAGAUCACACACACUUUUGAACAUGCACACACACAAUCAUUCAUCUUUCUGUAAAUACACCAGUGAUGAAUGCUAUUAACAAAUAUUUUUUUAUUGUUUUUGCCAAAUAUUUUAUUCAGUGUCCUGGUCAUGUUAGCUUUUAUCUUAGCAUAUUUAUUUGAGGGAUUAUUUUAAUUAAUCUCAAAUUCAUGGAUGAUAGUGGAUUUCAUUGUUUUCUUCUUAAGACAUUUGUCAAAAAAUAGUGGUACAUUAUAUUUCUUGGCAAGAGCAUUUCUUUUAAACUUUCCCUCUGUUUAUAUAUGCUUCAGUAUUCUCUGGGAGGUUUUACAUCGCUGCUGUCUCUUCUGUUUAUAUUGCUUCGACAAUAUGAAAAUAAAUAUAACUUGCAUGAUAAAGCACAUUUUUAAUGUGACUCACUCUGUUUUUAUGAGCCUUCUUCUGUUUGAUUAUAGAACAGCAUGUUCACUUGGGGUUUGUUUUACAAGUAUGCUUCUGCAGGAUCUGUCCUUUUUACCCACAACCACAUUACUGUUAUGUUCUGCAAUAAAUACAGUUGUGUGGUAUUGGGUUUGGUAAUGUUUAUUUCUCAGGCAGAAGACUUAUUUUUCCAGCAAAACUGUAUCACAUUUAUAUAUACCCAUGAGCUGCCUUGAGCAGCAACUGUUUUUUUUAUCAGGGCAGUUAAUGUAGGAGAUCAGGGGAUUAAAACCUUGCUUUUUUAGCCAGUGACACAGCUUUGGUCCAAACAAAUACUUCAGCAGCUACUGGGUGGAUUGGCAUUUUGUGCAGACAUUCAUGUCCCCCUCUGGAUGAAUUACAAUAAAUUUGGUAAUUCCUUAAUGUUUGAUCUUACAACAUCACAAGGUUCGAAUAAUUAUUAGUCUAAUACUUCAGUUUAUGAUCAUAUGCUGGAACAUUUAACAUUCUCAAAACUAAGACGACUAACAAGUUAAACCUCCUGUAUACUGUUGUGAAUACUGAAUACACUGGCAUGCUACCAGGUUAGCAUGCUAACAUUUGCAUUUAGCUCUAAGCACCGUGUGAGAACAACUUCACAAAGCCACCAGUGUGGCUGUGGUCUCCUUUAAAUUACAGGCUUUUGAUGGUGUGAGGUUUUGCUGCAAACUAUGGUAAAAUCUCUGUUUUUUCCUGCAUUUCAUGCAAUUCUCCUACAUAGUAGCAAGGGGAGGGUGAGGAGAGGGUGUUGCAAUCAGCAACUAUACAACUAGAUGCCACCAAAUCCUACACACUUGACCGUUACACCAAUACUCCAGAAGAAUAAAUUCAGAUUUUAGAUCAAAUGUUUCCUGUAUAGACAGAGCCGUUAACAUAUAUAACAUAUAUCCUACAAUGAUACGUGUGUAUAUGUACGAUGUAAAUGUGUGUGUAUGAAAUCCAGUGUAUUAAAAUAUGUCCUUGGCAACGAGUAUUAAGCAAUGA